UUAGCUUUAAGUGCUGCAUCGCCGAUUUUUCGGGGAUUCCUGUCAGACGUGGACUGUCGAUGGAAUGUUAUAUCGGCCUCUGUGGAUUGUAGAACGGAAGAAGAGAGAGGACUCGUCCCACUCAAAAACAGCAAGUUCGUUAUUAAUAAGUCGAGAUACGAUUCAAUCGAUUCCUAUUUGUCAGAAGCCGGAGAAGAAUACAACGACGUGCCAUUAAUAUACGACAAAGAAAUUUAUAACAAACUCAGAGAAAACGACAUUGACCACCAGUUGUCACAGCAUAUUGCACAUCUUUUCAUAAGGGACGCUCUCUCCCUAUUUUCAGAAAAAGUACACCAAAACGACGAAGUGGACACUGACCAUUUCGAGAAUAUUCAAUCAACAAAUUGGCAAAAUAUGAGAUUUAAACCGCCCCCGCCGAACUCAACAAUCGGUUGGAGGGUUGAAUUCAGACCAUGUGACGUACAAAUCACCGAUUUCGAAAAUGCCGCAAUAGUUUGUUUUAUAGUUUUACUUACACGCGUUAUCCUCUCCUAUAAGCUUAAUUUUCUCAUCCCAAUUAGCAAGUUCACGAAAGAUAUAACGAUCCCCGAAGACAAUCAGUAUUAUAUCAAGGAUAAAAAUAACAGCAAUCGUGAUGUUUGCCAACUAAUGACAAUUAAUGAAAUAAUUAAUGGAAAGGAAGGAGAGUUCCCUGGAAUGAUUCCCUUAAUAAAUAACUAUCUCGCCGGAAUGGACGUAGAUUGUGACACCCACUGUACCAUCCAGAGGUAUCUUAAACUUAUUCAACAGAGAGCUUCUGGAGACGUACUUACCACAGCUUCCUGGAUUAGGAAGUUUGUCUUAUCUCAUCCUGAUUACAAAAAGGACUCAAAAGUGACCGAUACAAUAAAUUACGAUCUUCUAAAUCAACUGAAGCAAAUUCAAAGCGGCGAAGUUGCUUGCGAGGAAUUGCUAGGAUAUUCGGCGGUUUCUAAGACAAAGGAAACCAUUCCACCUGUUUUUCAUGUCUAG